GCCAGUUUCUCAACGUCAGUCUCGUCCACGAUCAUUCAAGGCAUCUUGCCUCCUGCCGUACCGCUUACUAUCCUCGCUGCCAUUCCGCCGAACCUCAUAAUUUCCCACCAUGGCGCCCAAGGGUUCCCUUUCGACCCGGCUCAAUCCAAUGCGUCUGAACACCAUCAAUCACCUCCGUGUUCGCCGACCGAAUCAGAAUGAGCAGAAUCCCUGCGUUACAGUGAUGUCUUCCAUGCUGAACUGCUGGGCAUCUUCUGGCUAUGGUGCAGAGGGAUGCGCCGCUCUGGAGGCUCAAUUGCGCAAGUGCAUGGACGCACCGAAAUCCCAGGAAAAGAAGAAGAACACCGUCAACUACCACCUGAUGAGAAUGUACCCCAAGGUCGUCGGCCCGCGCAAGAAGGACGGUGUCCUGGGUUAAAUGUUAAUUACGGACGGAUUGUUCUCGGUAUUGCAUCGGGGGCUUAGCAGCAGAAGCGAGUUGUCCAUCUGGAGUUAUUGGGUUUCUUUUGAUACACUUUUUUGCAACCCCUCGAUCCCCCUCUUGAAAGAUUUCCGGGUGGCUAUUGCA